UCACGGCUGGUUGAGCUGUUACGAGCCUUAUUCGAGCCACGGACCGAGGCUAAAGAAUUAGAGCGGACAUUACCAUACAUCUUAUCUGCUGCUUUAGAAAGAAAAAGUGAGAGGGCGAAAGGGUAGUACUUCACAUCACAACCUUGCCGUUAAGUCUUUCGAUCGAGUCAUUCUGGUCAACCUGUGAUGCAUUCUAGCAUUUAUUUUCGCAAGCUAGCUAGCUAGUGGUUGAGCUAGCGCUACGGUGCCUCAGUCGGAGUAAGUUAACGUUACAUUUUCGGACGUAUUUUGUAUAAUACACCUGAUCGCGUACACCCGAGAGACCUCCAGUUGGUAGUUUUGACCUCAGUUAUGUAAUGCUGUAGAUGUCGUGCGUGUCGCUUCUGUCCUAGCAAGUACGGAUUGAAUGAAAUAACGUUAGCUUGCCUCAAGCAGCGGAAACGAACCAGUUAACAAGGAUAACGUUGAAUUAAACUACUGCUGACUGAUCCACCACCCUCUAGCUAAUAAAGCACAUGCUAUCCGAGCUAGCCAACCACAGGCACACCGCUGGGUAGAUCACUCAAAAUAGUGGCGAUAGACCGGAAUCGUGAAGAAGCUAAAUCCUACCAAACGUCAAGUUGGCCAUCUUCCACUCCUUUUCAGUGUGACAGGCUGACCAACGCCAGGUCGUUUUUUUCGGAUAAGGCCGGAGUGAGGACAGGAACUUGUGAACAUGCCGGCUGUGUCGAAAGGAGAUGGAAUGCGCGGAUUAGCGGUUUUCAUUUCGGACAUUAGAAACUGUAAGAGCAAAGAAGCAGAGAUCAAGCGGAUCAAUAAAGAGCUGGCCAACAUACGCUCCAAGUUUAAAGGUGAUAAGGCUCUGGACGGCUACAGUAAGAAGAAAUAUGUCUGCAAGCUGCUCUUCAUCUUCCUGCUUGGCCAUGACAUUGACUUCGGACACAUGGAGGCGGUCAACCUGCUGAGCUCAAACAAGUACACAGAGAAACAGAUAGGCUACCUGUUCAUAUCAGUGCUGGUAAACAGCAACAGUGAGCUGAUCCGUCUGAUUAACAACGCCAUCAAGAAUGACCUGUCCAGUCGCAACCCCACCUUUAUGUGCCUGGCGCUUCACUGUAUCGCAAACGUUGGCAGCCGUGAGAUGGCUGAAGCCUUUGCAAGUGAGAUCCCUCGCAUCCUGGUUGCUGGUGACACAAUGGACAGUGUGAAACAGUCCGCUGCCCUGUGUCUUCUGCGGCUUUACAAGACUUCCCCUGACUUGGUGCUGAUGGGUGAGUGGACGUCUCGUGUGGUGCACCUGCUCAACGAUCAACACAUGGGUGUGGUGACAGCCGCCAUCUCUCUCAUAACUUGUCUGAGCCAGAAGAAUCCAGAUGAGUUCAAGACUUGUGUUUCCCUGGCUGUUUCCCGACUCAGCAGGAUUGUGUCAUCAGCCUCCACUGACCUGCAGGAUUACACUUACUACUUUGUGCCAGCCCCAUGGCUCUCCUGCAAGUUGCUGCGACUGCUGCAGUGCUACCCUCCACCAGAAGAUGGUGCUGUCAAGGGUCGUCUAGUAGAGUGCCUGGAGACUAUCCUUAACAAGGCCCAGGAGCCACCCAAAUCCAAAAAGGUCCAGCACUCCAAUGCCAAGAAUGCAAUCCUGUUUGAAGCUAUCUCACUCAUUAUCCACUAUGACAGUGAACCAAAUCUGUUGGUGCGAGCCUGUAACCAACUGGGCCAGUUCCUGCAGCACAGAGAGACCAACCUGCGCUACCUUGCUCUGGAGAGCAUGUGUACUCUGGCCAGCUCUGAGUUUUCCCAUGAAGCUGUCAAGACACACAUCGAAACCGUCAUCAAUGCCCUCAAGACUGAGAGGGAUGUGAGCGUUCGACAGAGGGCAGCUGAUCUGCUGUAUGCCAUGUGUGAUCGCAGUAACGCCAAGCAGAUUGUAGCCGAGAUGCUCAGCUACCUUGAGACCGCAGACUACUCCAUCAGAGAAGAGAUGGUGCUGAAAGUGGCCAUACUUGCAGAGAAGUAUGCUGUGGAUUACUCCUGGUACGUGGAUACCAUUCUCAAUCUCAUUCGCAUUGCUGGUGACUACGUGAGUGAAGAGGUGUGGUAUCGCGUCAUUCAGAUCGUCAUCAACCGAGAUGAUGUGCAGGGCUACGCAGCCAAAACAGUGUUUGAGGCCUUGCAGGCCCCUGCUUGCCAUGAGAACAUGGUGAAAGUUGGGGGCUACAUUUUGGGAGAGUUUGGUAAUCUAAUUGCUGGGGACCCACGUUCCAGCCCGUUGGUCCAGUUCAACCUUCUCCACUCAAAGUUCCAUCUGUGCUCCGUGCCGACUCGAGCCCUGCUCCUCUCAGCCUACAUCAAGUUUAUCAACCUUUUCCCAGAGACCAAGGCCACGAUUCAAGAAGUGCUCCGCUGCGACAGCCAGAUCCGAAACUCAGAUGUUGAGCUGCAGCAGCGUGCUGUUGAGUAUCUGAAGCUUUCUUCCAUUGCCAGCACUGAUGUCCUGGCCACUGUCCUGGAGGAGAUGCCUCCCUUCCCAGAAAGGGAGUCAUCAAUCCUGGCUAAGCUGAAGAAGAAGAAGGGACCUGGUGCUGUGUCUGUAACAGAGCUGGAAGACAGCAAAAGGGAGGGUGGGGAGUUGAAUGGAGGGGGUGACCGGGGUCCAGAAACAACUGCCAUGGCUGCCUCCAAUGCUUCAACCCCGUCACCAUCUGCAGACCUCCUUGGGAUUCGUUCUGCUGCUCCCAUUAGUGCUGGUCCAGCCAGUGCUGGCAGCUUAUUGGUCGAUGUGUUCUCUGAGACAGGGCCUGCUGCACCUUCUGCUGCUGUGAAUGACGAAGGCUUCUUAAGAGAUCUGGAACAGCCGACCGAGACCUCCGAUUCCCUAUUGGUGGAGGGUUCUGGUGACUUGGACUCUGCUACUCCCUCUGAGGAUCCUGCUCCUCCUCUGUCUGAGGCAGACGAACUUCUUAACAAGUUUGUGUGCAAGAACAAUGGAGUUCUGUUUGAGAAUCAGCUGCUACAGAUUGGCAUCAAGUCAGAAUAUCGUCAGAAUCUGGGGAGAAUGUACUUAUUCUAUGGCAACAAGACUUCAGUGCAAUUUGCCAGUUUUACCACCACAGUCAGCUGUCCUGGGGAGCUGCAGUCUCAGCUCAACGUUCAGACCAAACCAGUGGAACCGCUAGUGGAAGGGGGAGCCCAGAUCCAGCAGGUCCUCAAUAUUGAGUGUCUGACUGACUUCUCCGACGCCCCCCUGCUCAACAUCAAGUUCAGGUAUGGAGGAGCUUUGCAGAACCUUACACUCAAGCUGCCAGUCACCAUCAACAAGUUCUUCCAGCCAACUGAAAUGGCCUCACAUGACUUCUUCCAACGCUGGAAACAGCUUAGCCAGCCUCAGCAAGAAGCACAAAAGAUAUUCAAGGCCAACCACAGUAUGGACACUGAAGUACUUAAGGCAAAGCUACUUGGACUAGGAACAGCCCUGCUGGAAAACGUUGAUCCCAACCCAGAGAACUAUGUGUGUGCUGGAGUGAUCCAGACGAAGAGUCAGCAGGUUGGCUGUCUGCUAAGAUUGGAGCCGAAUGGCCAGGCACAGAUGUACCGUCUGACUCUGCGCUGCAGCAAGGACUCUGUGUCCAUGCGUCUCUGCGAGCUGCUGGCCCAUCAGUUCUAGUUUUCACACUUCUACCAUGACCAGUGCUCCCAUCAUCCCCACCAGCGACCGCUCUUUUGAGCCCUGCUGCCACACUUCUCCUCCUCCCUUCAACAAAGAAUCGUUAAGUACAAAAUGUGUAACUGACAUAAGGGAAAAAACAGCCGCUGCUAAGCAGCAAAGGCAUCAUUAUCGUUAUUGUUUGUCCCAGAUUCUGAUUCCAGUUAAUCCUUAACUUGUUUAUUAACAUGAUGCUACAUUCUUGUUAUUCUUGUUUUGUUGGUGUUUACCGAUGUAUGUAUGUGUGUCUGGGUGUGGGUGGGUGUGUGCGCGCGCACAUGCAAAAACGCAUGUCUGUCUAUAGUUAAGAGGGACAUUUUGGUUCAAUAGCAACGUUGUGAGGACAUUUUUACUUUAAGACAUUUUGGCUGGUCAUCACAAAUUAAAGGUCUGUUUGAGGGCUAACACUUGGUUAUCUGAUUUGGGUUACAAUUAGGUUUAGGUUAAGGUAAUGGGCAAGGGAAUGGAUUAUGCCAAUGAGUGUCCUCAUACCUAUAGAGACAAUUAUGUGUGAUAUGCAUGUGUGGGGUCUGCUUCAUUCUCCCUGCACUUUAACACUGAUGCUGACAUUCCGUAAGGUAAAAAGGGAGAGGCUUUUAAUCGCACACAUGCAUUAACCCCUCUCUUCCCACAAACACACUAGUAUAUACUCUCCAUACUCAUGGUUCUGGUGGGACCAACUAAUAAAAUCAGUUAUUUAAUCUCUGCAGGACAGAUCAGCUCAUUUCUGUCUAGCAUUCCCAGUCAAGAUGUCUUUAAGGUGUUUUGAUCCAUUCCAGCAUGAGUUUUACAUUUCCUGACCAGAAGCCCUGUAUUGAUAAUUUCAUUAAACUAGUAUUCUCACUGAUAGAUGUUGUUGAUUUGUUUAUAAUAUGUGCUAGCAAAUUACUUAACUGCUUUCCGAUACAUUUCCAUUAUUCUUUUUUAGAAGGCCUGCGGUUUUCUUACCCAAGCCAUCCAAGGAAAGCUGUGGCACAGAUUCGAAACUAGAUGACUGGUACAGGAAUAAAACCUGUAGUGUUAAAGCAGACUUGAGAACCAGUUUGAGUCUGUCUCAUCUAUUGCCUGGGAAAUGGUUUUGGGCGCUUCACUUUUGUCUUGUAAACCUGGAACACCCAUUUUGAACACAUGUAUGAGUAAACCUAAAUCUUGUGGCUUGUUGUAAGACUAACUAAUUGUUCGACAAAUGUAAGCCUGUCUAAGUUCCCCGCCUCUGAUAAGGAGCAUUGCACAGCUUCUUCCCCAAGUUUCUGAAUCAGAAGCUGGGAAUGUGGAGAAGAUAGACCCAAACAGGAACAAAAUCAUUGCUACAGAGGACGCUAUUACUAUAUAGCACGGCUUUAUAAUCUUUACAGAGGGUUUAAGAGCUGAAUCUAUAGUAUAUAUAAUUUAUGACAGAGACAUCACUGGUACACACACAGAUUCAUAUCAUAUCCAGCCAUGCAUAUAGAAAUUAGAUCAAUGCCAACCAUUCAGAUGUGCACACAACCACUGCAGUCAAUGUUUAGACAACAGAGAUGUUCAGCAACCACAAAAUCUUUAAAUUGAUGUAUCAAGGAUGAGGACUCGAAAAGGAUGAAUACUUAAAGAUGCCCAUGACAACUACCAGUGACUUGGUGUGUGUGUAUGCUUGCAUGUGUGAGCUAGUGUUAGCACAUUUAAAAAAAAAAAAGCCUAAAGCUGUUUCUAAUACAUUGUCACAUUCCAUUCUGUGGCUGCUUGGAAAUCACAGGACAUUCAACUUGUAGUGGAAAAUAGUCAUUUUGUGAGCGUUUGUAUGUGAGUUAGACGUGUGUGUGUGUGUGUGUCUGUCUGUCUAUGCAGUAUCAACUUGCUAAUACAGCUUCAUGUAUCGGUGUUAUGAACCUCUCUAAUACCUGUGUUAGAAUUAAAAAAUUUACUGUGUAAUGAAAAAAGUGAAAGUAAAACUAUGCUAUAUAUCCAA